AUGAAGGCCCUAAUUCUCGUGGGUGGGUAUGGCACUCGACUUCGGCCACUUACAUUGAGCCAGCCGAAACCUUUGGUCGAUUUUGCCAACAAACCGAUGGUUUUGCAUCAAAUGGAGGCAUUGGCCAAUGCCGGAGUUGACACGGUUAUAUUGGCCGUCAGUUACAGAGCAGAAAUGUUGGAAAAGGAGAUGAGGUCUCAAGAAGAGAGGUUGAAUAUUAAAGUAGGUCUUUUGAGUUACUAGUUUUACAUUCUUAGAUUGAGAUUUCGGUGGAAACGACACCUCUGGGGACAGCCGGACCUUUGGCGUUGGCCAAACAACACCUAGAAGGGUCCGAGCCCUUCUUUGUUCUCAAUUCCGAUGUAAUUUGUGAGUUUCCUUUUGCGGAAAUGAUGAGAUUCCACAAGUCUCAUGGAAGGAAAGCGACUAUUGCUGUCACAAAAGUGGAAGAACCAAGUAAAUACGGUGUGGUGGUAUUUGACGAAUCCUGUGGGCAGAUUGAACGAUUUGUGGAGAAACCUAAGGAAUACGUUGGAAAUAAAAUCAAUGCUGGCAUGUACAUCAUUGAUCCUAGUGUGCUAGAAAGCAUUCCAUGUGAACCUACGUCCAUCGAGAAAGAUGUAAGUCCACUACUGUAAACUUUUACUCUAUUUAGGUGUUCCCAAAGCUCGCCGCUGAUGAGAACCUGUAUGCUUUUGUAUUAAGAGGUUUCUGGAUGGAUGUCGGACAACCGAAGGACUUUCUGAAAGGUGGGUAAUGAUACUGUGAGGACGUUAUCUAUAUUUUUUCAGGUACCAGGUUGUACCUAAAUUAUCUUUUCACGUCCCCAGACCAUCCUGUUGCUUUGGCUAAAGGUGAAGGGGUCAAUGGAGCUGUGUUAGUAGAUAAAACCGCCAGAAUUGGGAAUGGCUGCUCAAUUGGGCCUAAUGUUGUGAUCGGGGCUAAUGUCGUAAUCGAAGAUGGGGUCAGAAUUAUCAAUUCUACUGUCCUUAGCGACACAGUGAUUCGAGAACAUUCCUUUGUCAGUAACAGUAUCAUUGGACGUCAAUGCUCAAUAGGUAAAAAAAAUAUCUUUCUGUAUGAUAAUUAUCCACAGUGAGGGCCUAAUCCAGUGGCAAAAAACGUACCAUUUUGCAUCUGGGAAGCAUCAAAAAUGUGGUAAAAUGCUUCCCUCUCCAAGUGAAAAACUUCGGUUUGAAGGCGCCCUUUCCCUCACAAAAAGAGCGGGUGCGCUCUUGAAAUCGGAGUUUUUUGACUUGGAGAGGGGAAGCAUUUUGUCACAUUUUUGAUACUUCCCGGAUGCAAAAUGGUACGGUUUUUGCCGCUGGAUCAGCCCCCCACUGUAAUCAUUUAUGACAAUAUUAUAGGCCGAUGGGUUAGAAUUGAAAGUACUAGUGUGAUUGGAGAUGAUGUAGUCGUAAAGGAUGAACUCUACCUUAACGGAGCGCAAGUGUUGCCCCAUAAAUCCAUAGCAGAGAAUGUGCCGGAGUCCACCAUCAUCAUGUAA